AUGGAUAAGAAAGCUAGGGAAUACGCCCAGGAUGCUCUUAAAUUCAUUCAGAGAAGUGGUAGUAAUUUUUUAGCUUGUAAGAAUUUGAAAGAAAGACUUGAAAACAAUGGUUUUAUUAAUUUAAGUGAAGGGGAGACAUGGAACUUAAAUAAGAAUGAAGGUUAUGUUUUAUGUAAAGAAAAUCGUAACAUUUGUGGUUUUUUUGUAGGUAAGAAUUUUAAUAUAGAUACAGGUUCUAUAUUAAUAUCUAUUGGACAUAUAGAUUCGUGUGCUUUGAAAAUAUCACCAAAUAAUAAUGUAAUAAAAAAGAAAAUACAUCAAAUUAAUGUUGAAUGCUAUGGCUCAGGUUUAUGGCAUACAUGGUUCGAUAGAAGUUUAGGUUUAUCAGGACAAGUAUUAUAUAAAAAAGGAAAUAAACUAGUUGAAAAAUUAAUUCAAAUUAAUAAAUCUGUUCUUUUCUUACCUAGUUUAGCUAUACAUUUACAAAAUAGGACUCGAUAUGAUUUUUCUGUAAAAAUUAAUUAUGAAAAUCAUAUAAAACCUAUUAUUAGUACAACUCUUUUUAAUCAGUUGAAUAAAUGCAAAAGAAAUAACGUACAUCAUGAUACUAUUCUUACUACAGAUACCAAAUUUAGUCACAAAGAGAAUUCACAAAAUAAAAGAGAUGAUCAGAUGUGCCAUUCGUUUAAUGAUAAAGAUGUUAGUAAUCAUAAUUUAGAUAAAAAUACAAUUGAACAUUUGACUAAUCAACAAAAUGAAGAAAAAAAUAAACAUACAAAAGAUAAUCCAAAUUCUAAAGAUAUUGUAGAACAUAUAAAUACAGAUAAUUCAUAUCCUUUAUUAUAUCUUUUAUCAAAAGAAUUAAAUUGUAAAGAAGAAGAUAUCUUAGAUUUCGAACUAUGUUUAAUGGAUACACAAGAACCUUGUUUUACUGGAGUGUAUGAAGAAUUUAUUGAAGGGGCACGUUUUGAUAAUUUACUAGGAUCAUUUUGUGUCUUUGAAGGAUUUAUAGAACUUGUAAAUAGUAUAAAAAAUCAUACAUCAAACGAAAAUACAAACCAUACAAAUAAUAUAACUAAUGACAUCAAUGAUAAUAUUCAUAAUAAUCUUUAUAUAAGUAUUGGUUAUGAUCAUGAAGAAAUAGGAUCUCUUAGCGAAGUUGGUGCACGAUCUUAUUGUACGAAAAAUUUUAUUGACAGAAUCAUUUCAUCUGUUUUUAAAAAGGAAAUACAUGAAAAGAAUUUAAGUGUUCAAGAAAUUUAUGGAAAUCUUGUUAAUCGUUCUUUUAUCUUAAAUGUUGAUAUGGCUCAUUGUAGUCAUCCAAAUUAUCCAGAAACCGUUCAAGAUAAUCAUCAAUUAUUUUUUCAUGAAGGUAUUGCUAUCAAAUACAAUACUAACAAAAAUUAUGUUACUUCUCCAUUACAUGCAAGCUUAAUUAAAAGAACCUUCGAAUUAUAUUACAAUAAAUAUAAACAACAAAUCAAAUAUCAAAACUUUAUGGUCAAAAAUGAUACACCUUGUGGUAGUACAGUAGGAUCUAUGGUAGCAGCUAAUCUAUCGAUGCCCGGUAUAGACAUUGGUAUUCCUCAGCUAGCCAUGCAUUCUAUUAGAGAAAUUGCAGCUGUGCAUGAUGUCUUCUUUCUAAUCAAAGGUGUUUUUGCAUUCUAUACCUACUACAACCAAGUCUUAUCCACAUGUGUCCACGACAAAUAG